GACACCGCGGAGGGAGAUUGUGUGUCGCUCUCUCUACUGUUCCUUGUUUCCUAUUAAUAUUCAUCCCUUUAACAGUAUAUGGUUACUACUUUAUGUGCAAUGACGAGCAACACGACAUAGCAAAAUAUACAAGUGUGAAUCGGUUUUAUAGUUCAGUGGUAUGACGUCCCGAAAACAAUGUGCUGUCGAUAAUGGUUUAGUUGUGAGGUGGCUCUGAGGGACAGGUGUGAUAAUACGCACUACAGGUGUUGUGAGCUGCUGUGAGUGUUAACUGAGCAGUUGUGGGUUCUACCAGAGCCGCUGUGGGUGUUAUUUGAGCCGCUGAGUGUUACCUGAGCCGCUGUGAUAGUUACCUGAGCAGCUGUGAGUGUUACCAGAGCAGCUGUGAGUGUUACCAGACCAGUUGUGAGUGUUACCUGAGCAGUUGUGAGUGUUACCAGACCAGGUGUUGAAGUGUCCUAAAGCAACAAUGUGAUGUACACGGACUUGUCAAACCUUCCUUCCUUCACUGAACCUCCAAUGACACAAUAAAAAGACUCUGUAUGACGGAACUAGAAGCAUUUUAGAGGGUGUCCCAAGAGGUGUCAAGAGAACGUGCCCCUCCCCUCCACGCCACCACCGGCCGGGGGAUGAAGAGGGGCGUAAUGGUGUGUCACUUCCGCCACCACAAACGAAGCCUCGCCCUGGAUCAACGGGACCCGGAGCAACUGGCGGAGUGAUGGAGACACCAAACACCACUGGGUGACAAAGGAACUAAGAUGUCGUUUUCUGAACCAUACACGAUCCUCUGUUAGAUGUACAAACUAUAAGGUCGUAAGAAUUUAACGAUAUAAACUAGAAUUUAAUAUUAUAAGACAUAUAGAAAAAACAAUAAGUGAAACAUUCCCCAGUAAAUAUAGUUUUACUGGUCUUCUUUUAACAGUCUCCAGCAACGACUAAUGGAACAGCAGAUCAUUGUCUCUCAGAACAGUAGUACUGGUGCACAAAAACCUCACUGUCAACUAAAGCUUACGCCGAGUUUAAGUCUAACACAGAAAAUGAAGAAUUCAAAAGACAGCAAAAGGUAAAUUACAAUAAUCAAUCACUAUUUGACGACUCUGAAGGGAUUUAACGAAGAAGGCAGUUUUAUGGUUAUAGUGGAGCGGGAGAUAAAAAAUGAGUGUUAGAGGAAGAUUAAUAGCAGCUGUGACAGUGAGGUAGUGAUAGGCGGCAGCACCAUGGGGGCGGGGAGUGCCAAAGGGGUGAAACCCAAGGGCAAUGACGACGGGGAUCAGUUCUCCAGUUCCAGUGAUCAUUGGGAGAACGACCAGCCGAUCUCCAAGAAAGAUGAAAACAAAAACAAUAACAGUGAAAGCUUUGAACGGACGCUGGCAGAGAUCUCAGCUCCGAGUGGCAGUAAUAUAGAAACCUUGGACAAUGGAAACCCGGAGGAGAAAAAAGACGACCUCAAGAAAAAGACGCGAUUUGGUUUCGCUAAAAAGAAGGAAGAUGGAACCAAAGUAGACUCGACUCAGAACGACUCGAGCGAGGACAAGAAAAACACCAACGACAAGAAAAACACAGACAAAAAUAAUAAAGAUCCCACAGAGAAGAAGGGCUUCAAACUCUUUAACUGGAAAACCGAGAAAAAAUCUGAAGAAAAGGACGUGGGUCUAGAAGAUGACAUUAACGACUUGGAGAAGACUUUCGACUCUCUUGGCAUCGUCGGGAAGAACAUGUGGGGUAAUGGCCCGCCCAAUCGCCUGAAAGAAGACGAGGACCCGGCGAUUAUUGAACCCAUGAGGAAGAAAAAGAACGUCAGAAUGCGGGGAGUGAAAAGCAUGAACGGGGGAGGGAUGGUAGAAGGUGGCGGCAGUAGUAGUAACAGCUCGACGGGAUCCAAGAGGACCUUUAAGUUCUCUUGGGAGACAGAGAACCAGACGACACCCACCAAGGAGGAUGAGGAGGAGUGGGAGUAUAAGGCGGUGGUAAUUGAAGGCUUCGAUAUAGAGAAAUUCAGGAAAGCGAAUCUGAGGGACUCGGUGUUUGACAGUACAAGUCUUCCCAACGCUGUCGGCAGAGAUGACGGCGGCAAUGGGACCACAUCGCCGCUCCGCUACGACCAGACCGAACAGCACAUCCUGGCCAGCAUAGAGAGGGACUUCCUUCACUGACCAACGGCUACAGGAGGAAGAAGAGG